UUGAAUGUUAUUUUUUUCCCCAAAAAACAUAAUUUAUUCGAGGAUUGUUCAAGUAAAAAAUGUGCAAGUUAAUGCAAAAUAUAUUUUACAGAAAUACACUAAUGUUGUUAACUUGUAACCGAAACCGUUGGAACAACGUGUUAUGCUAAUUGACAUGCUAACAGUCAAUUAUAAUUAUAUCAACGUUACCUCAGUAAAAUGAAGCCAUUGGAGGUCAGCUGUGUAACUUCAGGGAGUUGGUUAUAGUUACACGCUUCUUCUUCGAGCAGCAUAGAGUGUGUGAGGGGGGUUUUCUCCUAGCGAACAACCGCUAGAAGGUCAGGACGACGACACCGGCCCACCACCAAGGGGCGUCCAUAGCACAUCUACGGACCACGGUGCUGCCUUCACGUGUAGUCGGAUGCAUUUACCCUCCAGCUCUCUCAAAGCCCUUCGACUCCACAAAGUUAAAAAAUACCUCCGGAUAAUUCAGGUUUAUAUUCAUAUUUGUGUGUUCUUAAAACAACCGAACGCCGCGCAGACACUGUCUUGGAUCAAAGCGUUUGCAAAAACUGCACCUGGAACUUCUUUGUAUAACACUUGCCGUGUUGAGGUUUCGACGGAGUGUGCCUGAAUGCACCAAAAUAAAUUUUUGACAGUAGCUUUUCAGAUGGUCGCCAGACCAUCACAAAGCACCAUGCGAAGGAUGGCAGAGGAGAUACAACCUACCAAGGAGCAGAGGUCCUGGAUAUUAAGUUGGCUUCCCUCCUGGUGUCCUACCUCCCCCUCUCACCUGAAAGAUGCAGAGGAGAAAAUGCUCAAGAGUGUGAAUCGGCCCUUCUCCAGGCAACACGUCCGCAUAUCCAACGGCGACUAUCUGUGGACCAUAGCGUUUUCCACCAGGCCGCAGGCGGGCUCCCCCCCCGGGCCCCCCGCCCCGCACAGGUCUCCUCUGGUUCUGCUGCACGGCUUCGGAGGCGGGCUCGCCCUCUGGGCCCAAAACCUGGACUCUCUCUCCAGCAGCGGGCCGGUCUACGCUCUGGACCUGCUGGGCUUCGGCAGGAGCAGCCGCCCCGAGUUCAGCGCCGACCCGGAGGGGGCCGAGGGGCAGUUUGUGGAAGCGCUGGAGGAGUGGAGGGAGAAGGUGGGACUGGAGGAGAUGGUGCUGCUGGGUCACAACCUGGGAGGAUACCUGUCUGCCGCCUACACGCUCAAAUACCCGCAAAGGGUGAAACACCUGGUGCUGGUGGAGCCGUGGGGCUUCCCAGCCCGCGCAGAGAACCCCAACCACCACUCCAUCCCAGUGUGGAUCAGGGCCAUGGGGGCCGUCAUGAGCCCCUUCAACCCUAUGGCCGGGCUCCGGCUGGCCGGGCCUCUAGGUCCGAUGCUGGUCCAGACGAUCCGGUCGGAUUUCAAGCAGAAAUACUCCUCUGUGUUUGACGACAACACGGUGUCGGACUACAUCUACCAUCUCAACGCCCAGACCCCGAGCGGAGAAACGGCGUUCACGAACAUGACCAUCCCGUACGGCUGGGCGAAGAGGCCCAUGCUGGAGCGGAUCGGCCAGGUCCAGGCCCACAUUCCCGUGUCCUUCAUCUACGGGUCGCGCUCCAGCAUCGACAGCCACUCCGGAUACGCCUUCAGGAAAACCAGACCCGACGUGCAAAUCACCGUGAUCAGAGGAGCGGGCCAUUACGUUUUCGCCGACCAGCCCGAUGACUUCAACCAGACGGUCCUCCGGAUCCUCGCCGGGACGCAGGAGAAAAAGCCGAGAUGAGGGAGAUCGGUUCAGACGACGCGACCACACACAGACACACACACACACACACGGGGGUUGGGGCGGGGGGGGGCCUCGGCCUCCUUAUCACGCACUUUAGUCUUAAGUGACAACCGUCCCUCGCCGCAGGUUUCUUCAUCUGUGAUUUGUAAAUAAACGUGAGACGCAGUCUGGGUCGUCCGUUUAGUCUUUUCUUUUGAACACCGCGUUCCAUUUGGAAAAUACCGAGAGAAACCGUUGUGCAACUUGUCUCCUGCAUCCUCCCUCGUGGGGAAAUCUCAUUUUAUGGUUCCCAACUAGGCAAAGUGCACUUUCUUUCUUUUCUGACCCCUCACCCGCUACGUGGGAGAUACGUGGGUGUUCGG